CAUGCUCAGCUCAGUGACGGAGCUCCACACCUACAUCGACAGAACACAGCUGACGGAGGAGUUGGGUGGGACCCAGGAGUACUGCCACGAGAAGUGGAUCUCGCACCGUACCGCCAUCGAAGGCUUUGCUCUGAUGGUGAAGAAGACGGCCCAGACGCUGCAGUCCUUCGGGACGGAGCUCGCUGAGACGGAGCUUCCCAAUGACGCCCUGGCCACCACCAGCCUAUUAGGGGCUCACACAGAGAAGAAGGACCAGAUGAAGGAGGAUCUCCGGAUAGCCCAGAACCAGGGGGGCAGGCUGCUGGAGAGCAUUAAGGAGCCGGUGCUGAAGAACCCAGAGUACAUAAUGAACCAGGACGAGCUGGAGAACCUGGCCACAGUGCAGCGGCUGAUGUCGCAGCUGGACGAGACGGAGGCCGCCUUUGACGAGUUCUGGCAGCGGCACCAGACCAAGCUGGAGCAAUGUCUGCAACUGCGCCACUUCGAGCACGGCUUCCGGGAGGUGCGGGCCCAGCUGGACACGGCUGCUGAGCGACUCGCGGGAUUCAGCGAUGUGGGGAUCAGCCCCGCCCAUGCAGAGCACAUCCUGCGGGAGCUGAACAAUCAUGAGGAGAAAGUCUCUGACAUCCUGAUCCGUGCCCAGGCCCUGGCCUGUGAGGGCGAUCGGCUCAUCGAGAGCUCCCACUACGCCGUGGACUCCAUCCUGCCAAAGUGUGGCGAUCUGCGCACUGUGACGGAGGCCCUGGUGACGGAGCUGAGGGCCCGCAAGGGCCACCUCCUCAAGGCCAUGGAGCUUCAUCAGACCUUGGAGAAGGCUGCUAAGUGGUGUGAUGAUGGGAUCUACCUGCUGGCGUCGCAGCCGGUCGACAAGUGCCAAUCACAGGACGGGGCGGAGUCUGCCCUGCAGGAGCUGGAGCGAUAUCUGGACACGCCCCCGCAGUACCGGCUCACGGACAUUGGCGCCAUCUGGAGGGAGUACGAGUCCGUGCUCACCGCCGAGUUCAGGGACCAUGUGGAGAAAGGCUUCAAGAAGCAGGCAUCCAUGCUGGAGAUGUUCGACAAGCGGAUGGUGAGCCUGAAGAAGCUGGCGGCCAAGCAGACUCGCCCCGUCCAGCCUGUGGCCCCGAGACCAGAGGCCUACAGCAAGUCGCCGCUGUCCUCCCCAGCUCACCGGGUCCCAGAAAAAGCCACCAGUGAGGAUGAUGCUCCGAACGGAGAGACCUGCAGGAGGGCGGAGGCUCAGAGGCAGAACAGCGCCACCAGGCACGCCUCACAGUCCGAGGAGGAGGAGAACCUGGCCGUCCUGAGACGGCACGUGAUGAACGAGCUCCUGGAAACAGAGAGAGCCUAUGUGGAGGAGCUCUUGUGUGUGCUGCAGGGCUAUGCUGCGGAGAUGGACAAUCCUGCCAUGCAGCCCCUCAUUCCCAGCGCCCUUCAGAACAAGAAAGACGUUCUAUUCGGGAACAUGCCUGAGAUCUACGAGUUCCAUAAGAGGAUAUUUCUCAGGGAGCUGGAAAUGUACACGGAGUCUCCUGAGUUGGUGGGACGCUGCUUCCUAGAGAGGAUGACAGACCUACAGAUUUAUGAGAAGUACUGUCAGAACAAACCUCGCUCCGAGAGUCUGUGGAGGCAGUGCUCAGACUGCGCCUUCUUCCAGGAGUGCCAGAAGAAUCUGGAACACAAGCUGGGACUGGACUCCUACCUGCUGAAACCCGUCCAGAGAAUAACGAAGUAUCAGCUUCUGCUGAAGGAGUUGCUGAAGUACAGUAAGGGUUGCGAGGGUGCUGACGACCUACAGGAGGCGCUCACGUCCAUCCUGGGCAUCCUGAAGGCCGUCAAUGACUCCAUGCACCUCAUCGCUAUCACCGGAUACGAGGGUAACCUUAGCGACUUGGGCAGACUACUGAUGCAGGGUUCCUUCAGCGUGUGGACAGAGCAUAAGAAGGGUCACGCCAAGGUGAAGGACCUGGCACGUUUCAAGCCGAUGCAGCGUCACCUGUUCCUGCACGAGAAGGCGCUGCUCUUCUGCAAGCGCCGGGAGGAGAACGGGGAGGGCUACGAGAAGGCACCCUCCUACAGCUUCAAGCACACGCUCAACAUGAAGGCCGUGGGCAUCACAGAAACCGUCAAGGGGGAUAGCAAAAAGUUUGAGGUGUGGUGCAACGCCAGAGAGGAGGUCUACAUCGUGCAGGCAUCUACCGCGGAGGUCAAGACGGCGUGGGUGAACGAGAUCCGCAAAGUCCUGACGGGACAGCUGAAGGCCUGCAGAGAAGCCAGCCAGCAGAGGGCGCCAGACCAAACAUUCCAGUUCCCUGUUUCAGAAUCAGCCCCUGUCAGCGUAAGUCCAUUGAAAACCAGUCAUAGGGGUAGUGUGAAGAAGGGGGAGGAGAAGAAAACGGAGCCCGCCAGCCCCGAGCCAAGCUCCUCAUCUUCACCCAAGUACAAUGACAAGAGCAAAGAUACAGGCCCACCCAUCUCCCUGAAUAGGGUGAAAUGGCUGAGUAGCUCCAGCCUGAUGCAGGCCAGGAGGAAAGGCUGGGCCAAGGCCUCUCUUUCUCUGGACAUCUCGGAGGAGAAUGACGGCUACUCCAGCACCGAGGACCCCCUGAACUCCGACCCUGAGGAGGAAGUGGGCAGAAAGCUGGCCCCAGGGAAGUACACAGUGGUGGCCGACUACGAGAAAGGGGGACAGCAGGACCUGACUGUCAAGAGCGGAGAUAUGGUUCAGCUGAUUAAGGAGGGCGAGGACGGCCAGUGGUUCGUGCGUAACCUCAAGACCAGUAAGGAGGGGUGGGUCACGCCCUCCAACCUGCUGUCUCUUAUUGGGGAGUCUAAGUCCUCCCAAUCCCUCAGCAGCUCAGAGGGCAGUGCUUCCGGUCAUCUGAGCACCUCGUCAAGCUGCAGCGAGACCUACGCCAGCUUCUCCGACAUCAAGGCCUGAAGCCGCACCCGGCACGGCACGGCACGCAGUCGCCCCUGAUGCUUCUCACUUCAUGUUUCCACCCAGUGAUUCCCAUCCCGGGCCUCGGGGACCCGCAGACAGUCCACGUUUUUGUUCCCUCCCAGGCAAAAAAUGUGGACAUGGGGCAUUUCUAGCUAUCAAAAAAAUCUGGGACUAAAUCAUAUUUACCUGGGGCUUGUCUUUGAAGAUUGGCAUCGGGACUAAAAUACUCGGGGCUAAAAUACUCGGGACUAAAAUACUCGGGGCUACAGCCCCAAAUGAUCAAGCCUAACAACGCCCAUGACUGUCUGUGGGUCCCGGAGGACUGGACUGCUCUAAACCCUUGUCUGUAUGUAUGCGUGUGUGUGUGUGUGUGUGUGUGUGUGUGUGUGUGUGUCUGUGUGUCUGUGUGCCUGCUGGAGCAGCACACCUGGGAUUGCCAAACUAUCUGAUGCCCUAUAAAAACCAAGGAAAUUGUGCUCAGCUACAUGUUUCUCUGAAAUGUGCUAUCUACAUAACAGGCGCCCCAGACUUUACUGACACUGUGGUCCAUUCCUGUAUGUCACAAGAAUGUCUUUUCAGUUAAAAACGUUCCAGGGCAUUUAUUGUACAAAUGGAAAACUUUCGAAAGAAUAUAAACUUGUAUCAAUGAAAUAGCUUUUUAUACUCGUGGUUACUGUGCCCAUGCACUGCAUAGCUGAACUGGGUGUUGUGAUCACUGCAGGUGGAUUUGUCAGGUUUGAUCAAACUCGCUCUGUCGCUGUGAACUAUACCUGUAAGGUGCUGAGUUCAUGCCGCAUGAGUUACUCAGAAGCACCGGUGAUAUUUAACGUAUUUCCUGGUAAAAGACUGGCGAGGGACUCAGAUUACUUAACAUUGAUGUUGUGUAGAUAUAUCAUUGGUACACAAUCACAUGCAAAUGUCACUGAAGUACUGUUUAAGGGUCAUUGUCUUCACACUGGAUGUCGUUUUUAAAACUUGUCGUUAAGCAUGGAGCGUUAUUUAAUAUCACAGAAAGGAUGGAUUUAUAAAAGCAUCCAAAGAAGUUGAGGUUAUAAGCCAUGGUAUAGUAACCCAUGGUACACUGUAAACGGUCUGUUUUUUUUUUAUACGUCUUAACUGUUUCCGUUUUGUUUGAAUGAAAUUGAUUACCGGUGAACAUUACACAUCACUUGUAAAACAAUCAGCCGUCCCGUAGUCCUGCUUAACGCUUCCCGGUUCAGUAUUAUGCCUGAUAAUAUUUGUUACAAAACCCUGGACAUUCCUCCAACCAGCAAUUGUCAUUGAGUCUACUGGAAUUUUUGUCAGAAAAUGUGAUGUAAAAUAACGUACUUUUAAUUUUUUUUCCAUUUGCACUCUAAGUCAAUAUGAUAUUGAUGUUAUUAUCACACUUUAUGCAGCACAUUGCCGCAGAUGUCUUUUUUCCUAUGGUAACUGGGUCAAUAAUAAAAUUAUGUAUAUAUGUAUGUAUAUAUGUAUGUAAGAAAGUCUACGCUGUACUGAAAGAGAAAAUAAAGCAACUUGUAUUAAUUUCA